AUGACGACGACCGACCAACGCGCAUUCGCAUACCUCGUGGGGAUUGGGGUAACGCACUCCAUCGCCCCGCCAAUGCACGAAUUCAUUGCCCAGUCGCUGGGCCACAACUGGCGGUUCAUAGCCAAAGAAUGCGCGACUAUCGAGGAUGCAAUGAAACUAUUCCGUCAGCCUACCUUUGCCGGAGGUGUCGUCACUAUGCCCUACAAGACGAGCAUCAUGAACCACCUAGACGGGGUGGACGAGCAGUGCCUGAAAAUCGGGGCAUGCAACAACGUCUACAGAGCGAUGGAUGGUAGUCUCAGGGGUGCAAAUACCGACUGGCGUGGCAUCGAAGCCUGCUUAACCUUGUCCUCCGAAGAAGGAACGGGUAAGCCAGCGAUGAUCAUCGGUGCUGGGGGCGCAUCCCGGGCAGCGGUGUAUGCGCUUUACGACCAGCUCGGAUGUAACCCGAUAUACGUCGUCAAUCGGGAGGAGGAAGAGGUUGCUACGCUGUUACGAGAUACCGAGCUCUAUGGAGCAGAUUUACAUAUUAUUCAUCUCCAGUCCGUUCAGCAGACCAAGGCUCUCGGCGCGAAGCCAUUCUACAUUGUCGGGACGGUCCCUGAUUUCGAACCCCAAUCUAGCACGGAGAUUGAGGCUCGCAACAUCCUGACUGAGAUUUUAUCGGCUGCCACAGAAAGGGGAGUUCUCCUGGACAUGUGUUUCAAGCCGCGACGAACACGGACUUUGAAAUUAGGAGAGAAAUACGGCUGGAAAACGAUUUUCUACGAAGACUUGGAAUACGCGGCAAAAAGCCAUGGAGAGGUCAAUUCUACAACGCUCCUGGCCGCCGCCAAAGAGGCGAGGGAACUUUGCGACGCCCACGGCCUGGUCAUCAUCGGACUCCAACCGUUCCUUUUCUACGAGGGUCUAAAAAGCCGACAGGACCACGCCGGAAAGAUCGAAAAGCUCAAACUCUGGUUUCAAAUUGUCAAAGUUCUACAAACCAAUCUCAUCCAGAUCCCAACCAACUUUCUCCCCCCUUCGGAAAUCAGCGAUGACGUGAACGUCAUUGUGCAGGACAUGAUCGAGGUCGCGGAUCUAGGUCUCAAGGAGAACCCGCCAGUCCGGUUUGCCUACGAGAAUCUCGCAUGGGGAACAUAUAUCGACAGCUGGGAUGCAAUGUGGGAAGUUGUCAGACGGGUCGAUCGUCCGAAUUUCGGCUGCUGCCUGGAUACGUUCAAUAUUGCCGGCAGAGUCUGGGCUGAUCCGGCCAGCAGCACCGGGAAGACGCCGAACGCAGAUGGCGAUUUGGAGGCGUCAAUGAAACGACUAGUUGAUACGGUGGACGUCAAAAAGGUAUUUUACGUCCAGGUCGUGGACGCCGAGAGGAUGCAAUCGCCGCUGGUUGAAGGGCACCCGUUCUAUGCGGAAGAACAGCCAGCGCGUAUGUCGUGGAGUCGGAAUGCGAGGUUGUUCCUAUAUGAGCAGGACAGGGGUGGCUAUCUUCCAGCUGUUCAGGUGGCUCGUGCAAUUUUGAAAGACCUUGGAUUCGAAGGAUGGGUGUCCAUGGAGUUGUUCUCAAGGAGUAUGUCGGAUCCUGACCCUUCUGUGCCAGAAUCUCAUGCUCAACGGGGGAUUGCGGCUUGGAGGAAGUUGAGAGAGGAGCUGCAUCUCUAG